GCUCUCGUGACGAUCACGCAUCAUGGUGGGAUGGAAGUACGCGAAGAUAUCGCAAAGAGUAACAUUUAUCUUGAACGACCAAGUCGAGCAUCCAUUACCUCCUGUAGUUUGCGAACGACUAGCCGGUAUCGAAUACAAUUUCGAUCUUCUUCUUAAGUUCCUCCGCAACCUUGGGGUGGAGAAUCUGCCCAACCUAUUUCAGAAGCAGAGUUGAGCAUUAAUCUCUCAAUAUCGAUCAUCCUGAUCGCAACAAGUGGGAAUUCGUGCGGGGGAGUCGGUUGAUCUUCAAUGGUCCCGACGAGGGUAAUCAGCGAAAUAUGCGAACAUACCUGACGAAUUUCGAAGACCUUCUGGCAACUAGUGCUCAGAUCCCACGAACCUCCCGACUGGUACACAUCAUCUGUUCGUUGCGUACUUCACACUUGGAGCUUCGAAGAGCGGCGUCGCAAGGGACUUUUCACUACACCUAUGCAGGAAAGAUGGAGGUGAUCGAGGAUCAGGACGAUCUUUUGGAACUUCUUGAAAUCUUCAAUCUUCGGAAACUGCGUGACCUGUUCACUUGUAUAGAGAGUCAAAUUCCAACGGUCAUUCUGGAGACCUAUCCGAAUUUGCAUGAAGUCGGCAAGCGGUAACUUACAACGCGAAGGGUCUUAU